AGAAAAAAAUGCCUGUCGAACCGAUCGAAAAUCCUUCUCUGACGAUCAAACCCAGUCCAAAGCUCGCAGACUUUGUCGUAAAAAAUGUGAAAAUCGAAAAUGCACCACAAAAUAUAAUUAACUUGAAAAAGUCUUCAAAAAGCAAAAGAGCCGAAAUUUUAUUGAGCCUCGAUGACGUCAAAUGGCUCGAUCAAUAUCUGAAGGAAUACCGCAAAUUCAACGAUGAAAAAGUCUACAUACACGAGUUUCUCGAAAAUGUUGAUAUCAAUUUGCCCGAACCGAAAAUCACGCCUAGAGAUCCAGUGCUCGAAGAAAGAAUAAAAAAAUUAACGUCGCAACAACAUGCUCGAGAAUACAGCGCGAUGACAAAAGGCGUCGAUUCCGCUAGGAAAAGGCUACCGGAAGACACAAUCGCUUAUCAAAUGAAACAAAUAAAUCGUCAGUUAAUAGCAGUUGCCCAAUUUGUCAUAUCUGUUCUGGCUGGUUUCGCAUUUGGGUUUAUUGGCGUUGAAUUACUCGUGGGAAAUUUGGAUUUCGGGUUUAGACUACUCCUUGGAAUAAUCUGCGCCCUUGUUAUAGCCUUAGCGGAAAUUUAUUUCCUGGCUAAGAAACUGAACGAAGAUCACAUUGAAGAAAUGACGAGCUAUACAAAAUUUCAUCAAGAGUAAUAUUUUUAUUUAUCUGAACAUGAAUUCGGAUCAACGGCCAUGAAAAUUUGCAAACAAUGCCAAUUCCAUGUUCAACUUCAUCGACGCUGCUGAACUGAGUAUUGUUUGUAUAAAUAUAAAAUAAAUAAUACAAAACCAA